AGUGAGAACACUUGGUAAACAAUACAGCUGUGAAAUUCAAAUUCUGUGUUUUUAUUUUUAUAGAUUUCUUUGCACAAAAAAAUUUAAUUGUUAAGAGUUUGUUUUAGUAAAGAAAAGUUGUAAACAUUUAUGAAAUGUAAUUUUAGUGGGAUGGCCGCUAACUAUAAAGGUACUUCCGACAAACUAAAUGUUAUUGACAGAAAAACCUUCGAAAAUAUAAAGCAGAAUCAAGGUACUGAAAACGAUGAUCCCUUCCGUAAAUUAAAAAAUGCCAAGUUUCGGAAAAAAAGUGCUGUGAAAAGCGGUGGAGGUGCAACCUUUAAUUUGCUGCAUUUUCUUACUAAAACUUCUAAGGAAAGAAAAAAGGAAACAAAGUUAAAAUACCGAACUGUUUGCAAAUUUGGAAAUCGUACGCAUAAAAAUUGGAAGCAACGGGGAAAGACUAGAGAAGGUGGUAAAAGAAAAAAGUAUACCAAGUUGAAAAAAGCUAUAUUGAGCUACAGGCAGCAGAAAAAACACAAUCAGCAAAAAACUCAGUUAACAGCGGGAUUACUACAGGAAACUGUGCAUUUAAUUGAAUCUCUUUCUAUUGAUUCCAAAGAAAAGGAAAAAGAGCCAGUCAGUAACGAAUUUAAGCCUACACAAGAAUUUGUUAAAACCGCUCACUCGAGGCGAUUUAGAAGUUAUUGCGACAAUUGCACAACUCCUUUAUUGAAAGAACUUACUGAGCAACUACUCCGCGAACUUGAUCGCUUUCAAAAACGUGCCGUUGCUCAAAAUGCAAUAAAGGCUCAUGCUCACAGACGCUUCGUAGUAGGAUUUCGUGAAGCCAAUAAUUUUUUACUUGUAAACAAAGUAAAAUUGAUAAUAAUUGCACCAGACUGUGAAAAAUGUGAUGGCGGAGACGGACUGGAUGAGAAGAUUUGCAGUAUUAAGAAGCAGUGCCAACAGCAAAAUAUUCCAUAUCUCUUCUCACUAAGGCGUCGUGAAUUGGCAUAUACAUUGUUUAAGAAAGCUCCGGUUGGCUGUGUGGCGGUGCUUGAUUUCGAUGGAGCACGUGAUAUAUUUCUAAAGUUGUUACAAGAGUUAGAAAUAGCAAAAAAAUCUUAUGAAGAUCUAACAAUUAUACGAUCUGCUGAAAUAAAAUAAAAAAUCUAACAACUUGAGACUAAAGGACUACUUUUACAAUCAAUUUCCUCUAAUAACAUUUUAGUUUGAAUAUUUUUUCUAACUCCUUUUAAUCAAACAUUCACAUACUGAAUUUUCCACAAUUUUACAUUCCAUUAACUGUUCGACAAUAAACAUUUGUUUUUUUUUUAUUUAUAUUAAAUAUUUAUUGUUUACACACAAAAUUUUGUUCUUCCUGCUAAAAAGUUAAUUUCGUCCUAAAACCUCAAUUUAGAACAACUACAUAACCUACCGAUGUAUUUAGAAAACAUGGGAUAAACAAACCAGUGUAAUUAGUAUUGGAUUUGAAAUAUAAUAUUAAUGCUGAAAUUUGGGUAUAAGUUACUUCAUGAAAAGAUAUUUAACAUAUAAAAUAUUAAUGUUUGGACACUCCGCGAAGGUAUUUUCAGUUAGUUCCGUUUACGACGCUCCUCACGUUUACGUUCCUCCU